GUCCUCUCGCUUGCCAUCACCCGCACUGUUCUGCAGACAAUGGAGACUAAGGAAGUAUAUAUGCGGGGCGUGAGCGGGAGGUAUGUCUACACUCACUUCUUGAGCAACUCGUCUCUUCGAGCUCACUUCGCUCUCACUUUACCAGCGGCACGUCUUCUUAUUUCGUUCACGACUUACGACCUUUACAUUCACGAUGAGCUUCCCUACAUUUCGCCGCCAAUCGCGUGUCACCCGCCGCAACACGAUCAACAACCUCACGAGCAUCAUCGAAGAAGAUGAAUUCGGCGUCAUCUCGACUGCCGCCGCACCGAAAAAGAACAGCCUGAAGGCCCGCCGCCGACUCGGUGUCUCCGACCUGCGCAUCCCCGCCUCUCUUGCAUCCCCCGAGAAGAAACGUUUCUCGCUGCCUCCGCGGGCACGCGUGCCCUUAUUCGCGCAAUGCCCCACAUCCGAUUCGGACGACGAAGAGGAUUACGGAACCCCUUGUGUCUCUGGCUCGAGCUCCGAUAGCUCGUCGCCAUCGACGCCCAGCCAUAGUCCGACAAGCGCCUCGUUCCCCGCCCCUCCGCUUUCGCUCAAAUCCAUCCGCCCGCUGACAAUUGUCAAGCGCCCCGUGUCGCCCAUCUGCUUCGCGGAGGGUGAAGAAGAACAGCAGGAGGCCGGCUGGCAGGAUGAAGAGGAGACCGAGUCAGAUAAUGAAUAUUACGCCCAGCAUGCCAGCGGGCUGGUUACUCUCCGCCCUGAGGCCGCAUAUAUCCUCCUGCCAAGACGCGAGUCAAUGAUCAUCCCCAUGCCAAACCGCCUCAGCCUCAACCUGCCUUCGUCGAUGGGUGGGUUUGUGCCGAGGAACCGCUCCGCGUCGGAGAAGUCGGAGGUGGACGUGCCCGUUCCCAACUUCUCGCGGCCGAACCUGCGGGUCUCGCUGGUGAGACCCCCGCCGAGGUCGCCUGUCCCAAUGGACGCUGGCGACUGUGCGGAUGAGUACGUUGUCUAUACGCCGUCGCCUUCACCCUCGUCAUCAUCUUCGACUUCCUCCUCCUCGUUGGCCGCUCUCCUCUCUCCCUCGGGAUUCCCGCCCGAGUCUCAGGGUUUGCCGUCCGAUGUUGAUGCCAACGACGAUGAAUGGGAGGAGUGUGAUAUCGAGGUGAUGUAUGACGAGAUUCCGUUGUCGCCCCAAGCCGGAUCCUCUGAGCCGGCCUCGCCGCAUAUAUCGACGGUCAUCCAGCAGGAAAAGAGCACCCCACCCCCCAUCCCGCCGAAGUCGGCUCACGUCGAGCUCUUGACGCGCUCGACAACGCCUCAGCUCAAAUCUCGCUGGUCGUCCUCGACUUUGUCGUCGAUCAAUUCUGCGCAGGACGCGCCUUCGCCUAAGACGUUCAACUCAUUUGCGAGCCGGUACUUCCCGAGCAGCACCAGCAGUCAUAGCAGCAGCAAGAAGUCUGCCCACCAAUCCCCCAAAUCGCCUCUGUCUGUGUCGUUCUCGCCCAAGAACCUGAAGCGGAAGACUGCCAAGAGGCGCAUCACUGCCGCGGACGUCGUGAUUGUGCGCCCUGCUACCUCCGGGUCGUUGAUGGCUGCUGUGUCCUCAACUGCGACUGCUACCGCGACCUCGCCGGUGUCGCCCAACGGCCAGUGGGCUUCGUACCCGACCUCGCCGAAACUGCCGCCUGUGAUCCGGCCAGCUCCCACCAAGGAAUACAAGGAGUUCAAGGAUGUCCCACUCAGCCCUGCGCUGGUUACUGCGUACACGACGCAGCGCUCCCCCCGGCGUCGAACGUCGAAUGCAAGCGCUUGGUCGUUUGGGCAUCCGCGCUCGGCGAGCUCUUCGGGAUGCUCGAGCUCGGGGAUGUCGGACUGCGGAUCUGAGAUCACCUCGAGCUCGACGUCUAGCAGUGGGUUGCGGAGGAAACCGAUUCCCGUGGAGAUGUUCCUGCGGUGAAAAAAUCUCAUGUUUUCUGAUUAUAUCUACCUAAUGCCCAUCAUCGUCCAUCAACUGCUAUCGUAUUUAUUCUCUUCGCUUUCUUUUGCCUACCGUCACGACUUUGAAACACACACACACACACUACUAUCACCUACAUCUGCCUUUCUUGCUCUCCUCGUCUGCUUUCUCCCUCUCUGUAGCCUUACUAUCUCGUUCAUCUUGUAUCACUACCAUCCCUAUCGUACAUACCUUGUCAAUGACAGAAUGACUCCACGAGUUCAUGCCCAUAUUCAC